AUGAAUCAAUUGAUUAAUGUUAUUGAUUAUAAAAAAAGUAUACGAAUAACGAUUGAUAAACUUGAUCUUAUAUGGUCUGAAGCUGGCAUCCCAACGUGUGGGAAAAAAUAUGCCUUAAAAAAAUUUGAAAAAAUAUUAGAGGAAGACAAAAAAUUACAAAAAUGUUCUCGACGAAGACGGUCUGCUACACAGAUAAAAAAUGAAGCAGUUUUUCAUCAAAAAUUGACAAAGUUAUUCGAUAUUGCCAAAGUAAAUGUCGAAAAAUAUCUCACUGAUGAAAAAAAAUUGUUUUUAUCCGGUCAACGUUCAAAAAGUAGAUUUGGUUUGAUAAAUAAUAGUGUUGGAUUAAAUCCAGAGGAAAAUCCUGACGAUGCUAUGGACGUAGAGCCUGUUGAUACAAAUGAACCUGAGCCUAACGUCGCUCUAGCAACCCAAAAAUCUGCAAUAUUUCGAUCGAACUUGUCAGCUACAACAAGUCAUGUAUCUACUGAUGUAUCUGAUUUUGAAAGUCAACUCAGCCAACCAAAACAAAUUCCAAAAAUUGAUGUAAUGACACCUGAACUCUGUGCUGCACUCGAUCGAUCAAAAGUCACUCAUAGGAAUGCCAUUUUCAUUUUAGCUGCUGCGUACAAAAGUGUUGGAAUUGAUUUGUCAACUCUAAAUCUGAGUUACAGUACAAUUUACCGAGCGCGAAAUAAAUAUAGAUCAAAUAUUACUAAGGAUCUUAAAUCAGAAUUUCACAAAGACGAUCGUUAUGUGGUGCAUUGGGAUGGAAAAAUUCUCAGUGAUAUUAAAGGUUCAGAAACUGUAGAGCCGUAUUGCAGUUCUCUUUAUCAGUUUCUGGGGUUGAUCAACUUCUCGGAGUUCAAAGCUGACGAUGGAAGUGCUCUUAAACAAGCUUCAGCUGUUAUUGACACUUUGAACCAGUGGGAAGUUGCUCCGUAUGUAAAAGCAAUGUGUUUUGAUACGCCACCUGUAAAUACUGGUAUUCACAAAGGAACUUGUGUUAUGAUCGAAAAAAGCACUUGGCAGAAAGAUUAG